AUGGUAUUUUUAUCAAUAACUGCAAUUACAACAUCAAUUUCCUUAUUUUUUGCAGGUGCAGAGAUAUGUCUUAGAAUAAAAAGAAAAGGUAAUACAGAUGGAAUAGGUUCUGCACCAUUUUUGGUAACAUUUUUAAGUUGUGCUUUUUGGCUUCAGUAUGGAGUUCUUAAAGAUGAUCAUGCAGUAAUAAUGGUUAAUUUUAUUGGUUGUAUGAUGGAAGGUGUCUAUAUAUGGUAUUAUAAUAUUAAAACAAGAAAUAGAAGAAGAUUUCAUAAGAUAUUAUUUAUUGAAUGUUCAAUUAUAAUAUAUAAAAUAGAAAAUCUUGGUACAAUUUGUGUUAUUUUUAAUAUUCUUACAAAUAGUGCUCCAUUGGUUGAUUUACAUACUGUUAUUAAAACUAAAUCUACAGAAUCAAUGCCAUUACCAAUAAUAUUAGCUGCUUUGGCAGGUAGUGUACAAUGGUAUUUAUAUGGUUUUCUUUCAAAUGAUAUUUAUUUACAAAUUCCAAAUGGUUUAUCUGUUUUUUUAUGUUCUUUACAAUUAGCUUUAUUUUGGAUUUAUCCAUCUAAUAAGAAGCCAAAUAAUUCGAAUGAUGAAAAAAAUUUAAUUUCAUCAGAGAUAUGUUAA